CGUACUUCCGGUUAACAACCGAAUGUUUACAAUUUUCAAGUCAAUGCUGACAAAUAAAAAAAAAUACAACUUAAAAAAAAAAUAGGGCGCAACAGAAAACAUUUAAGAUCUAGAUCUAUAGAGAUAAAUUCUAGACCUAAUCAAAAGCCAAGAUCCUGAUCGGCCAUGUUCCAGGAUUUGAAGCGUGCCAGAUACAAGCUAGGGCGAGGAUAUGAUUAUGCUAGCAGUGGACGUUCCAAUUUCGCCAUUCUUCUCCAAUCUGGACAACAGAACAAUAAAGAAAGUGAGCGCCAGAGGUGCUUUUCAUGUUCUGCACGAAACUGCUGGGCGAACCAUGGCGCCUGCCAUCAUGUCGGCCAUCCAAUUAAUCCAGUCAAUGUUUUACGAGAUCCUUCGACGUUGAAAGUCUCCGCACCUUUUGAAAUACACACUGGUUCUAACUGUUGCAAAGAGUGUCAUCAUCCCGUUUACGACUUCUUAGGAGACUGUUUCAAUUUAACAUUUCUCAGUAGCAAACCUUCUCAACAGCUUCGUGCUUGGGUGCGAGAUAUAAUUGGCAUCCUUAAGGACGCUGACCUCUUGGAGAAGUUGUUCCAGAUCAUUUCUCCCAAAGAGAAUUGCGUACAUGCUGACUUCAAAGCUAGCUCUGGACCUGAGGUAGGCGAGAAAGACUCCAAUAAUGAUCUCAGUGCUGGCUGCAUAUCCAACUCGGAGAAUAAAGACUUUGAUGUUUUAGACCCGGGAGACGAUCACUGCAUCGACGAGGACCUCUUGUCUUUCAGUUUUGACGAGGACAGCAAGAAAGAGACUUCGUACGAAUUUGAUGAAGACUGCAAGAAAGAGGUGAACCCUUGGUUGAAAGACGAUUGGCACACGCGGAAUGACCAGUGCCUGUGUAAAAAGCUUGACGAUAAUUGGUCCCUGGACUCUAAGGAAACCACAAACGACAGUCUGGUUUUUGAAAAUGAUAACGCUCAAAAUUCAUGGGAUGUCGGAACCGAGCCCAGUAUUUAUCUCACAGACAAUUCUGAGUAUCAUGUAUCAACUGUGGAUUCCGAUGAGUGCUUUGUUUUUAGCUGCAUUUCGGAUUCAACGCCCUCGGUUAGUCCAGACAAUGACAACGAGCUCCCAUGCUUAAACCACAACACAAGUCUAACCAGCAUGCCCGAUGCAGAAAAUGGCUCGUACGUCUGUGACCCAUUCCCCGUGGACGAGAUGUCGCCGCUUUGCGCCGUGCGUAAGGUAGGCGACUGCGGGUCUGACCUAUCUCUUGACAUGCCGAUGAAGGACUGCUCCGAACAAAAGAAAUUUGGUGGAAAUGGCCUAAGCGGGGACCGUGAUAUGGACGACAUUCAAAACUGCAUUGACCCUAUUAGCGACACAUACACCUUGCCAGGUUUCCCUCUCACUAAGCGCAACAAGUUUUACCAAGAAGCAGACGACGGCGCCCAGGGCGAUGGCAUCCACUUCAAUCUGGGUAUACAUCCUACCUGGUGGUGCCACGGCAACAUCAGCAGCAGGGACGGCGUAGGCGUAUUUCCCAUUCCGUCACCUCAGGACAGACUUGCGAGAAUCACUUAUAAGACCCAACCGUCGGACGCCACCUAUGCGGAUGCUCCCAUGUUUGUAUUUUCUUCGGUUGGUGGUGCUAAGAACAGAAACGUUCCAACAACCAGGAUGAUUCCGCUAGACUUCAACUUGAACGCCAUAUACAAAACAGCGCCUAGAGAGGAAAGGGGCGCUGGAGACAAUACUCUUGCCACCGAGGCAGACGCCAACUUGUCACUUUCCCCCCGUGGUACGCCGGAAGGGAGCACUAACAUAGAGGAACCUAAAAGCUCUGUCCAGGAGGAAGCCACGGAUGGUUUUAAAAGUGUUAGGUCAAGGGACGACGUUUGGAACAGAAACACAUUGCAAGAUAGAAAGUAUUUUGCUGGUUUCACGUAUAACACUUUUGGGUCAAUGUUAACAUCAGGUCAGCCUUAUAUUUUGUAUGUCAUUCUAACAUUAAGUGCAGUGAUACUGAGUUCUUGUAUCCCAAGCUAUUGGAGCUGUGAAUCUGUCUUUACAUUAUUUUGGGGAAUUCUGGUUCAUGCAUCGUUAGUUGGAGUCUUACUUUUAUUACUUUUUGUUUGCUUAGAAGCCAACAACCUCACUGAACAUGUCGUUAAAAAGUUGCAGUUGCUUGUCAAGAGAACACUCGCCACACCAUCGUCAAGAGAACUUUUGAUGGCGAACGAUCAAGUCGUCGAGGCGGCAAAAAAGUUUCAAGCAAAUCAUCAGUCUAAGAUAAAUCCACUUGUCAUACAGCCUUCUGACACCAACCCGGAAGCUAGUAGCGGCGGAUCCAGUGAUGAUGCCAUCAAAGAAACGUUGAAAAGCAUUAUCGCCUUUGAAAUGAAGCCUGCGGAGAGCUCCUUGGGAGCUAACACUAACGAAACAGUUCAAGAAAAUUUCUCUUCCAAACCAGUUUCCAUGGCGACAUCAGUUCGUGAAACGAAAGACUGUAUAUCCCAUGAGAUCCUAGAAUCCAGAAACAGCAUCGCUUCCCCUAUUGAACUCAUCCAAGAUAAGCAGCAACCAGGGAUUGAAUGUUCCGAGCUACCUAGCGCGGCUGCUGGUGCCUCGAACGAUGUAUUCAUAAACCAAAUGAAUCAAGAAAAUGAUCAAAGCUGUCAGCCAAAGAAAGCUGCUUCACGUAUCUACGUUGAGAUGUCCACCAUGACAGACUUUGUAGCUUCUAAAGAAUGUGGGGGCAGUGCUUCAUCGUCACACAGUGUGGCACAGACAAUGACCGAGACGACCAACUUCCAGAGUUCUUCAACACAAACCGAGAAUACGAUCGUUGACGACAAGUCCGAGUCAACUUUCCAGAUCGUUGAGAUAUGGCCAGAGGCGGCCAGCGUAGAAACGGCCAACGCCAGUGUUCAGGCAGAAAUGGACGCGAAGAGAAUCUACCAGCAGACAGAGAAGUUGAAGCUGAAACAGGAGCAUGCUCUGCAACGCUUACAGAAGAAAUUUCUCGCAGUUCGUCGAAGGUGUCAAAAAGAAGCGCUUGAAAUGAAGCAACUAGAUCGACGUAAAAAUGAGUGUCUGUCGAAACUUCAGCUCAGUUUGCCCAACUUACAGAAGGAAAGGUUUUCCUUAAUGGCGGAGAGAGCCUCGAUAGAUAAACAGUUUGAAGAUGAGAAGAAGAAGAAUCGCGAACUGGUGUCCAGACUAACUAGAUUAAACCAACAGUUUUAUAGACUGGGUCAAGUUCAGCAACAGCCUCCGCCGCCUCAUUUGCAAUGGAGACAGCAGUACCAACAUCAAACGUAUCAGGUACCAACACAUCGACCGCAAUGUGACCCGACCAUCCAUCUCAACACGCUUAAGCCCGGCCACUCUUCGUCCCCCCACCAACAGACCACCUUGACGCCACCGCAGCACCAACUACAGCAGAAAAUGCAGCAGUCCACCCUUUUGCAAAACCAAGUUCGAGGCAACAGCAACCCCAAUCCAUCACCAGGCCAGCAACCUUGCCAGCAACAGCCAUGCCAGCAACCGGGCCAGCUUCAGAUGCAACAACAGCAGCAGCAACAGAUGAUCCAACAGCAGCAGCAACAGCUACUUCACCAACAACGCCUGCCUAUAUUCCAGCUGUUUAACAAAUCUUUCUGUCAGCCUCACCCCGAUGGCUUGCAGCAAGUUCAUGGACAACCAGCUCAAGUUCACGGACAACCACCUCAAGUUCAAAUGCAGCAGCAGGGUCAAGGACAGCAGCCAUGUCAUGGGAUGAUUCAGGGUCAUGUACAGCAGCAGCCACAACCACAACAGCAACUACCACCACAGCAACAGUCGCAACAGCUUCCUCCACGCAACAAACUUCCUCACUAAUAGAUAAAGUCUGCUCAUUGGAACGUGUAUUGUCAUUGAUCUAGCACACAAACAACAACAUAAAACGAACCAUAUAUAGGUGCGAUUUAAGUCGUCUAUAAAAUGCAUUGCAAAGAUGGGGAAAAUGGCGAUUAUUUAAAUAAUAAAACUGUUACAUAAAUACAAAUGGAAA